AUGCUGUUCUCAGCAGGGCUCUUUUACAAAGACACGGCCGGUCACAUGGACGUAACGGACCCCGCUGAUGGUAAUAGAGGUUUGACCAAACGAGCUGCAUUUACCAACGCCAGCAACGUUGUUGAACUACUGGCCCCCAUUCACAGUGACAUAUUCUUUCAAGAAAAACUAAUGCUUAACGGCGUGGACAUUAAAAUUCGCAUGACGAGGGUGAAAGAUGAAUUCUGUUUGAUGAGGAACGACGCUGUGGCCUAUAAACUAAACAUCUUGUCAGCUUCACUGUUUGUGAAAAAAGUGUCGGUAUCACCAGGUGUGAGAUUGGGGCACGCGCAAGCAUUGCUCUCGACGCCAGCCAAAUACCCCAUCGACAGGGUGUGUGUGAAAAACUUCUCAAUCCCUGUAGGCUCACGUGUUUGUAAUCAAGAAAACUUGUUCUUAGGAACUCUACCAAAAUCCGUUGUUCUGGCUAUGGUUGAUAAUGAUGCGUUUACAGGCUCGUAUGAUAAAAAUCCGUUCGCCUUUAAAAACUAUGACCUAGAAUUUUUGGCAGUUUAUCUGGACGGCCAACAGCACCCCGCUAAACCUCUGCAGCCUGAAUAUGGAAGUGGCUCUGCGGUACGCGAAUUUUACCAGUUAGCGCUGGCUUCUGGAAAGCAUCUUAAAAAUCAACCUCUAGCUAUUGAUAGGGAGGAUUUUCUGCAUGGGUAUACCCUUUAUGCGUUUAAUCUCACGCCGGACGAAGGCUGCAGUCAACACGUGUCGCUUAUCAAGUCUGGGAACAUUAGGCUAGAAGCACGUUUUAGACAACCUCUACCCCGAACGAUCAACUUAAUCGUUUAUGCCAUAUUUGACAGCAUCAUCGAGGUGUCAAAUCGCAGACAGAUCCUGGUUGAUUACUAUUAA